AUAGUUGUCCGGUGGAAACUUGUGGAAACUGCCUGUGGAACAAACAGUUCCAGUAUACAGCUCAAGUUCAGUAUAGAAACGUUAAUUUUGUUAUUUUUACGUGUUAUGAUUAUUCCUGAGCUUUCGAAAAGCUUCGGCUAUUUAUACAGUAAUAAACAGAGUGCCUGCUGUGUUGUAGUUUAGUACCACAAGUUAAUCGUUUGAAGAAAACAUGGCGGCGUCCUUGAGCAGCAUAGGGAGCGUGAGGGUGCUGAGCACCUUAGCUUGGUCCAGCUCAUUGUGCAGCCUCUCUGGAAGCAGGGGCCUCCAUGUUACUGCGUCGUGCUGCAAGAAUCGAGCCGCUCGUAUCCGAGUGGGGAAAGGAGACAAACCUGUGACCUAUGAGCAAGCGCAUCAUCCUCACCACAUUGGCCACCGCAAAGGAUGGCUGUCACAGCACACCAGUAACCUCAAAGGAGAGGACGGGGCAGCUGAACGCACUGUAGAAGACGUCUUCAUUCGGAGGUUCAUGUUUGGGACGUUCCACGGGUGCCUGGCCAAUGAGAUUGUCAUCAAAAGGCGUGGCAAUUUACUGAAUGUGUGCGCAGUGAUGCUACAGAAGUUACCACCACAGAAGUUUUACUUCCUGAUUGGCUAUACAGAGUCACUGCUGUCACACUUCUACAAAUGCCCUGUCAAGUUAGAGAUUCAGACCCUGCAGGAUAAGAUUGUGUACAAGUACCUCUGAUUAAACUGUCCGUAACCAUUUUCUCUGUAGAUAGUAGUGCUACCAGUUUCUACCUUUUUGAUUUCUGAAAAAUGAAUGAGCAGAUUUCAAAUAUUUGUUUUAUUUAUGUUCUCAAAAGGGUUUUAAGUUAGGAGAAAGGGGAUCACUGUUAUAAAAUUAGAUGGUGAAACCUGUUGCGGUUUCUACAAAAUGCUCAUCAGUUCUUGUUCCUGAUGUUAAAUAAAUGACCAAAACCUUGAGUUCUAAGA